AUGGUGACGGUGGUGGUGGUGGUGGUGGUGGUGGUGGUGGUGAUGGUGGUGGUGGUGGUGGUGAUGACUUUGAUGGUGGUGACGGUGACGGUGACGGUGACGAUGGUGUUGGUGGGUGACGGUGAUUAUGCAACUUUUGACAGUUAA